AUGCCAGAAGUAAUUCGUGGAAGGACCGAAUUUCCUGCUGUCGAGCAAGAACAGCAGGAAAUUUCGUCGGCAUUAUCCUUGGGAUUGGGAGAUAGACCACCGACGCUGGCCCGAUUGAUUGGCCCGAUUGAAAAUGAUGUAAAAUUGUUGACAUCAAUCCUUUCAAAAGCAAUACCUUGGGAAAUUGUUGAAAAGGCUGGAAAACAUAUAGGGUGGCCACCGGCUGAUAGAAUCCGGAAAGACAAGCACAGGCAUGAAUCUGCGUUGAAACUUGCCGAGCAGCUUAUCGGAAAGAACAGUAAGAAUUGGUGGCAACCUAUCGAAGUUGAGUCUACCAAAGGUAAUAUGAAAACCGGGUUUAAAAAAGGAAAUCCAGGAAGAAGUGAACGACAGGGAGACGCACAAGGAGGGAGAGGAGACCCAGGAGAAGGAAGAGGAAGAAGAGGCGGCGAAGGAAAAGGAGGACAAGGAGUAGAAGCACAAGAAGCAGUAGACCUCGGGAAAGGAAGAGAAGUAGGGGGAGGAGGACAAGGACAAGGAGCAGAUCCAGGAAAAUGUGGAGGAGGGGGAGAAGUAGAAAAUAAUGAAAAUGUUCAACCAAAGAUAGAAGAAAACAGAAGACACGAGAAUCCUCCUCCAAACCCGUUUCUUAUAGCAACUACUAAUGGAAUAGUAGAGAUUGUCAACGAAAUACAGAGAAAGUUUCCUCAGGGUAUUGAGCUUGUUUAUGUUCAACCAAAGAUAGAAGAAAAUAGAAGAAAGAGUCCUCCAAACCCGUUGUUUAUAGCGACUAGUAAUGGAAUAAUAGAGAUUGUCAACGAAAUACUUGAAAAAUAUCCUCACGGUAUUGAGCUUGUUGAUAAAAUGGGGCUAAACAUAUUGCAUGUGGCUGUGAUGCAUCGACAGAGGAAAAUUUUCCGUCUUAUAAAGGAAAAGAAAAUAAUAAUGUCCAGGCUGAGUUCGAUGAUCGAUAAUAAUGGCUACACAUUGUUGCACCAAGUUGCACACAUGAAGCACUACCGCGGAGGAACCAAGCCCGGCCCUGCACUCCAGCUCCAGGAAGAGAUAAAGUGGUUUAAGCGUGUGCUGAAGGUAGUUCCUCCUUAUCAUGCAUUGCAACGUGAGAAGGAGCACAACAUGACUCCAAACGAGCUCUUCGAAGCGUCGCAUAAAAUCCAACUCAAGAUGGCGCAAGAAUGGAUAGAGAAAACCUCUCAGUCAUGCUCGGCGGUAGCCGUUCUUGUGGCCACCGUUGUCUUUGCUGCCGCUUACACUAUACCGGGAGGUUCUGACGAUCGUGGCUUUCCCAUUUUCCUUCGCGACCGUUUCUUCUUGGCUUUCACUGUCUUGGAUGCUAUCGCCUUAGCGAGCUCCUUGACCUCAGUUGUGAUGUUCCUUUCUAUCCUUACUACUCCUUUUGAAUGUGAGAAAUUCUAUCACGACAUUCCUCGGAGACUGAUAAGUGGCUUCACUUUACUCUUCUUCUCAGUGAUGACAACCAUGCUUGCUUUUGCUUCCACCCUUUUCCUUGUCAUUCGCUUAAAGAAGCGAUGGACGACGGUAAGCAAGCUUGAAGACUACUUACAGGUUUUGAUGGCUCAAGAGAUGAAGCCAACCUCAUGCCCUCUUCAAGAUUCAAGUGCAGAUUCUUCUGAGCAGAAAUGA